AUGGCAGUAGGUGGACUUGUAGGUGGACUAUCAAGUGGAGCCGCAGGACUUGUGAAUGGAGUAGGAAAUGCAGCUGGUGGAGCGGCAGGCGGAUUGGCAAGUGGAGCCGCAGGACUUGUGAAUGGAGCAUCAAAUGCAGCUGGUGGAGUUGUAGGUGGACUAGGAGGUGCAGCUGGUGGAUUGGCAAGUGGACUAGGAAAUUCAGUCAUCAUCAGUGGACUGGGCGGUCUACUAGCAGGAGUAGGAGGUGCAGCCGGUGGAUUCGGAGGUGCACUCGGUGGAGUGGGAAGUGGAGUUGGAAGUGCAAUUGGUGGAUUUGGAGCUGCAGCAGGUGGUGCUAUAAGUCAAGGAGGAAAUGCAGCCGCUAGUUUUUCAGGAACUGUUGGAAGAGGAGUUGGAAAUGCAAUCAGUGAUCUUACCAAAGUGUAG